CUGACUAUAGGCCAGAUAUAGGUUCACCGUGACCGUGUAAGGGCAGAAAGAUUAAUAGUGUCCUGUCGGUUUACAAUUCACAAUGCCACCGUCAACGUGGAACGCGGCUAAGGCGAAGGUGCAGGACUUACUCUCCGUUCAACGGCUUCGGAUAGCGCAGCAGAAGAAGGAGGCACAUGCUAAGGGCUCUCGCAGGGAUAUUGCCCUUCUCCUGGAGAAGGGAAAAACGGAGAGUGCGCGAGUCAAAGUAGAAGCUGGUAGGUCUCCUCUCCCUAGCUAGGACUUCAGUUGUUCAAUUACUUGAUGCGCUCAUGCACGAUCAUCGUGCGACGCCAGUCAUCAACGAAGAUGUGAACCUCGAGUUAUACGAACUUCUUGAACUUUACUGCGAGUUGCUCAUUGCCCGCUUCGGCCUUCUUGACCAAAACAGUACUCGUGACCCUGAUCCCGGAAUCAGCGAAGGUGUAUGUAGCAUCAUACAUGCAGCUCCAAGAACCGAAGUGAAAGAAUUACUGGUUCUGCGCGACAUGCUGAUGCAUAAGUAUGGGCGUGACUUCUCCGCAGCUGCAAUGGAGAAUCGAAGUGGUUGUGUGAGUGAACGUAUAAUGAGGAAGCUUGUCAUAGAAACACCCUCGGGGGAGCUGGUUGAUGCGUAUCUCGGCGAGAUAGCCAAAGCUUAUAGUGUCAAGUGGGCCUCUGCUUCGUCAAUCACCGCUGCGGCACAAGGGAGCAUCGUGGAUGGCCUAUCAGGCAGCGAUACACUGGAAUCACUUCCGUUGUAUUCCAGGGAAAUUUCUGAUAAGCUACCGGAUAUUCCUCCAACUGAAGACGAAACCGGAAAACACAAGGCAUCAGCCGGAGGAAAAUCCCACCAGACGGAGCACUCGAAAGAGGAAACUGAGGAUGAGUUCGCCGUUCUGGCACGACGCUUUGAGGAGUUAAAGAAACGCUAGCUAGGUGUAGUGUACACUCCUCUGUGUGACACGGCUUAUCUGCUUUUGUGUAUAUCCGAACCUUCAAUGAUUCUCCAUCUUAUGAAGCUAUGUGAUCACGAUUCACAGAUAUUAGUGACUUCCGGAAAUUUCUAUUACCCCCGGGCUGUACGUAUCAGCUUAAUUAUGCCAAGUCAGGU